UGUAUCCACUGUCUACCGGCACGUCCUAGCUCGGACAAUUUUUCCGCUGGUGUCCAAAACACAGGUCCUAGCUCGGACAAUUUUUCCGCUGGUGUCCAAAACACAGAUCUGACUUUCGAGCUUGGUCUCCCAAACACAGAUCUAACUGUACAGUUUGGUCAAUCAUACCGGUAGUAGCAGCCAGAAGGGGAAGAAUUGCACAAACCAUCUCUUGCAUAAUUUCUAAUCUUGCUUGAAAUGGGAAUUUUAACAAGCAUCAAGAAGAAGAAGGAUGUAUGCAUAUCCCACGACUUCAGAUCUCUCGAAGAGGUUACAAAGACAUUGAUAAAACAGGGUCUAGAAUCAUCAAAUCUCAUUAUUGGAAUUGACUUUACGAAAAUCAACGAACGGACAGGAAAAGAUUCAUUCAAUAACCGAAGCCUACAUUCCAUCAACGGCAGUCCAAAUCCUUAUGAGCAGGUUAUCUGUAUUAUUGGAAAAACUUUGGAACAUUUUAAUAAGGACAACUUAAUUCCUUGUUUUGGUUUUGGUGAUGCUACCACAUUUUCUCAAGAAGUGUUUAGCUUUCACAAUGAUCAUUCGUCUUGCCAUGGUUUCAAAGAAAUUUUGUCAUGCUAUAAAAGAAUAGUUCCAAACGUACGACUAGCAGGUAGGACAUCAUUUGCUCCAGUAAUUGAAGCUGCAAUGGACAUUGUGGAGAAAAGUGGUGGCCAAUAUCAUGUAUUGGUUAUCAUAGCGAGUGGCGAGGUCACAAGAAGUAUGGAUACAAGUGAACUGAGUCCUCAAGAGGAGGAAACAAUAAGAUCAAUUGUCAAUGCAAGUUUAUAUCCACUAUCGAUUAUUGUUGUCGGAGUUGGCGAUGGACCGUGGGAAGGCAUGAAUAAAUUCGUCAAGAAGAUCCCAGCACGUGAAUUUGAUAAUUUUCAGUUUGUUAACUUUAGAGAGAUUAUAAAUAAAAAUGUGAAUUUGUCCAACAAAGAAGCAUUGUUUGCUUCUGCUGCGCUCAUGUCGAUUCCCAACCAGUAUGAAAAAGCCUCUAGACUUGGUAUACUCGGACAAGUUACAGGAAAGGCAAAGAAGAUCGCUCCACGGCCUCCACCAACUUCUUAUGAUCAUGAAGCAAGCAACUUGUCAAGGAUCAUGGACUCAAGUGCAAUGAUUUUCAAAUCAUCAAAUCUCAUUCUUGGAAUUGACUUUACCAAAAGCAACGAAUGGACAGGAAAAGUUUCAUUCAAUAACCAAAGCCUGCAUACCAUCGGCACCUCUCCAAAUCCUUAUCAACAGGUGAUCUCUAUUAUUGGAAGCACUUGGGCUACUUUUGGUGAAGAGAACGUAAUUCCUUGUUUUGGAUUUGGUGAUAAGAUCACUAAUGAUCAGGAAGUGUUUAGCUUUUACGAUGAUGAAUCAUCUUGUUGUGGUUUUGAUGAAGUUCUGGGAUGCUACAGAAGAAUAGUUCAAUAUGUAGAACUUGGGGGGCCAACUUCUUUUGCUCCGGUAAUUGAAGCUGCAAUUGACAUUGUGGAGAGAAGUGGUGGCCAAUUCCAUGUACUGGUUAUCAUUGCAGAUGGCCAGGUUACAAGAAGUGUCAAUACAAGCGACAAAGCAUUGAGUGAACAAGAGGAGAUAUCAAUAGCAUCGAUCCUCUAUGCAAGUUCAUAUCCACUAUCGAUUAUUGUUGUUGGAGUUGGUGAUGGACCAUGGGACGACAUUAAGAAAUUCGUUGGAAAGAUCCCUGCACGUGAAUUUGAUCUCUUUCAGUUUAUUAACUUUACUGAGAUUAUGAAUAAAACCAUGACUUUGUCUAAGAAAGAAGCAUUGUUUGCAAAUGCUUUCCUCAAGGAGACCACCAUACAUUAUAAAGCAGCUGUUGAAUUUGGUUUACUUGGGCGAACUACAGGAAAGGCUAAGAAGAUCGUUCCACGCCCUCCACCAACGUUUUACGCUCCUCAUGCAUCAACAAUAGGUGAAGCAAGCAACUUGUCAAUGAGCAUGGGAGACGAAUCCCACCGAAUGCCCUUAUGCCCAAUUUGCCUAACAUAUGGGAAAGACAUGGCCUUUGGUUGUGGGCACGUGACUUGCGGAGAAUGUGGGACAAAAAUUUUAUCAUGUCCUAUAUGCCGCCAACCCAUAGUCAGCCGCCUGAGGAUUAUCUUGUAACAAACAGUUUCUGCAGAUAGACUGAGGGGCAAGAGUGUUCAUUUGUUCCAUAUAUAUAAAAUGAAUGUAUAAAUAAAUAAAAUCUGUGCAAUUUAGUGGGCGCAUAUAUUCCAUAUGGAAUUUAAAAGAUCAAGGCAGGUUUGUUUCUGAAAAAUGUGAACAAUAAGUUCUUUCAAAAUUGAGUAUUUGUCCCUCUGUUAGAAGUGUUCCAGAAAUGUUUGCAAUAGAGUAAAUAUCUUUAUGAACGAAUGGAUUGGAUCGAAUUGGAACAUGGAAAGAUUUGUACAAGUUAUAUUUUUCAUCACCGUUUUGUGGAAAAUUAUUAAGUAUGAAUAUGUUAGACAUCUGUAA